GUACCACAGUUUGAUCCAACGAGUGUCUGCAGACACUUGGCUCGGGCGGGCCUCCACGGAGAGGGAUCGGAUUUUGUCAAGCAACUGUAGGGCCUGUGGCCAAAAGGGCCACUGGAAGGCAGAGUGCCCUCUGCGUCAGAACCAGCAGAAUGCAGGUUCCGCCAGUUCCCAAGCUCCGACAGGUACCGUAGUGACCGAUGCCAGCCUUGAGACGAUGGAUAGUUUGCCUUUAGAGUUUUUGCAGCUGCCCAGAUCCGAUGAAGCCACAAUCGAUGAAGCCACUUUGACCGCACAGAUCGACUGUCAGGCGUUUUUGCUUCGAAGCCCAAAGCUCCAACAGCCAGUUCGAAUGGAACUCACUAGCAAAGGCCUGUUUUUGAUCGACCUUAAUGAGCUGGCGAGAGCUUCCAAUUGCCCAGUGAACAAUCAGCCAGCAGCGAAGACUGUAGGUGAGACCUUCACUGUAGCCAUGUCUUUGAGUCAACGCCUGAAGAGUUUGCAGAUGAAGACCGAGCCAAAUUCAACAGACCUGGCUCACUGGAGCCUUCAGAGCCUCGAGAACGAGACGGUGGAUUUCGGGAAGAAGAACUGCGGCCGCAGUUACAUGGAGGUGUGGAACACAGACCAAGAGUGGGUAGCAUUCAUGGUGGGUCGCUACAGCAAGAGUCACAACCUGGCCCACCGGAAGUUUCUCCGGUAUGUGGAACUCAUGGUCCAGCACCACGAAGAACAACAAAUGCCAGUGGUGACCCAGACGGGCCAAGGAUCUACAGAGGUUUCUGGCCAUGUCGCCAACCUCCCAAGGGCCAAAGCCAAUGUCAAGUUCCAGCCCAAUGCAAAGGGGGGUGCGGUUCCGAAUUCUGGCUUCCAGGAACCAACCCAUUUUCCGUUGUUGGACGAAGAGCUGGAAGAGGAGAUCGAGAUGUACAACUCACUGACUAUGGUGCCACCUCCACUGAGCCAGAGCCCGGAAUUCAGUGCCAUGCAAGAUCGCAUGCUGAAUCUCGAGAAUGCGUUGACCAAAGUGGUAAACCAUUUGGAGACUCAGGCCAUGGAACAGGCGAGCCAGAACCACGGAUCGCAGUAG